AUGAUAGAUAAUAAAAAUUUUGAAGAAGAUGUUGAAGAUUUUGAAAAAUAUUUAGAAAAGAGUUUUAAGAAAAAUUCUGAAAAACAAUUUGAUGAAAAAUAUUAUGAAAAUUCUAAGACAUAUUCUGAGGAGGAUUUUGAAGAAUAUCACGAAAGCAAUUUUACAACUAACUUGGAAGAUGAUUUUUAA